AUGACGCCUCCUAGCUCCACGCGAGUCCGCGUUCCAGCGUCCAAUAGCGUGCCAUCACCGUCGUCCUCGGCCAAUCAGCGCCGCGUCGACGACAUUCUCUCCCGCUUCUCGCGGUCCGCGUCCGUUGAUGGCGGCUCGUCCACCGAGUCAGUACCCUUCGAGCCGGCGCAGCGGUCAUCGAGCCACUUCAACUCUCCCUCCUCGUCGCGUCGCCUCGCGGUUCGGCUGCUCGUCGACUACUCGGUCCCUUCGCCGAAACUUCCGCCGCGAAAGACGCGGCAGCAGUCGAAUCCCGGCCACAUUUCCCCCUGCUCGCCUUCGUCGCCCGACGCGCGACUCGUUCUCAAAGACCAGCAUCGCGACGAGAGCCGCGAGGAGCGCCGCGAGGAACGGCGCCGCCUGCGGAAGGUUUCGCAGUCGGAGCGCCCCGAAAGGCCGAGCCGCCACCACAACAGUUCCUCAUCGCAGCUCGAGCCUCGUCAGCAGCAGAGGAGCAUUUUAAAGACGUCUCCCCCGCGAGAGUCGGCAUGGGAGGUAUGCGACGCGCUCAGUCACACGAGCGUCGCAGCUGCAAUGGCCGAGUCGCCGUCAUCCCCGCUAACAGCAGCCUCGCGACUCUGUAAAAGCAAGCGCAGCUCAAGCAAGUGUAACGUCGCUGCGGAAGCGGUGGUUGCGGGCCUUGAAGUCACCGCAGCGGCUGCCGCGGCGGCAGAUGCGGCGAGGGAGGGGCAAUGGCUCGCAAGCGGGUUCGAGGAGCUUCAGAAUAAGCUCGAAGCGUUCUCAGUUACCACGCAGCAGCUGGCGGUCUCGCUGGAAGAAGCUCGGAAGGAGGCCCGCGAAUCGCGGGAAGCCAUGGAUGCGGCUCGGGCGGAGCGCGAUUUGCUGGUGGUUGAGAUGGAAGCCACGCUGGCAGCUUGGUCCACGUCGGACGCGGAAAAGGCGGAGGAGCUGGCGCGGGUUGAGGCAGAGAAGAUAAGGACGGAGAUGGAAAAUGGGGAAUUAAAGCGUGAGUUAUCGGAGACUAAGAGGCAGUAUGCGGAGAUUAAGCGGCAGUUGGAGGUGAUGAGAGCAGAGAGGGACGCGGCUGUGACUCAUGCUCGAGUUGCUGUGGCUAGAGCAGCAGCUGCUGGUGCUGGUGGCGCUGGUGCUGGUGGUUCAAGUGAAUCUUUGCCUCGUGAUAGCUCCUCCCACCUCCGCCCUCGACACCCGUGCUUCACUCCCCUCCUCACGGAUCAAGCGGAGGAAUACAACAGCAAUGGCAACAGCAGCUCUAGUUUUGCAGGAAGCAGUGCCGGCAGCAGCACCAGCACUCGCAGCCCUACUUCCGGGAAGUCCAGGGGUGAGUUAAGAGGCAAGUACAGCUCAAGCGGUGCAACUGGCAGCAGCAGCAGCUGCAGCCUCUCUGAAAUCCUGACUCGGGAACCACAGGGGUCGUCGCAGGUGGCGGCUGGGGGAGGAGGCAGCAGUGGGGGGUUGAAGAAGAUGCAUAGGUCUCAUGAUGCGCUGCCGGCGUAUGGGAAUGUGGAGGAUGGGAGGAUAGUUGUCCCCCAGAAGCACGUUCAGUGGUCUGAGCAGUGCUGCUGA